AUGGUACUCGCUGAAGCGUAGUACAGCGCUGUUCAGUACGAUUUUUCCCAGGGCGCUUAUAUAUAUAAGCGCCCUGAUUUUUCCCAUUAUCAGUUUCUAUUAAGAGAGUUCACAGGGCGUCUAUAGAUUCCAUUUUAAGUUCCCCAACAAUUUUCAGACCAAAUCCCAGUCCCAACUGGCCAACUGUGAAAUUGAAAGGAAAUACAGGAACAAGUUCACUAGAUUCUGUCAGUGUGUGAUGCCUUUUAGAACGAUAUUCUGCGUUUAAUUGCUCGGCUCUUUUGAGAAUUACAAUUUUCCCGAGUGAAAUUAAGGUAAAUCAUAGACAAGUUCGCCUUGGAAAUUUUUCCAUAUUUUUUUAAUUCACAAACCGGAAUGCUGAGAGGGAUGCAAAGUCAAAGACGAACCCGAGCGGAACCGCGCGAAAUAAAGUGACGUUAUUUGAAAAGGACUUUGCGAAAGUCUACGUAAAUCACUGACUGCGAUAGCAGAAAAACGAUCUCAUCGUUAAAUGCAGUUCACCUGGACUUUUUUGCCUUUUUGGACACAUUCCGCUAUCGCAAAUUGCUUUGUAGCUGUUUUUAAUGUUGGAUCUGAAAUGUCUGACUGCAACUGUCUUUAUAAUGGUACACGGUUUUUCCAAUUUCCAUUUUUGUGUUUCAGUUCAUUCCCUGAUUCUCAGCCCCUAUUUUACUCCUAUGACCCGUCACCCACAGGCAAAUCGCAGUUUUUAUUUUAUACCCCUUCAGGGGGGAGCCAGCCUAUAAGAUGAUAAGGACGUCUGGGAAGGGGGACCACUUCUCUGGCAGCUUGUGCAAAUGGCGGCAGAUAGCGUUUUUUUUCAACCUUAGGCCUGUUUUAUACGUCGAAUUUUGGUCGCGUUGAAUGCAAUUCAAACAAUAGAUAAUGAAGCUUAACUCAUUAUCUAUUGUCCUAAUUGCAUUCGACGCGCCCAAAAUUCGACUAUAAAACAGGCCUUAAAAAGGUUUGUAAAAAUUGAAAAAACCUGAAGUCUCCUCGUAUUGUCCUCCUGAUAGAAAUUGUAGUCAUUAUUAAUUCAAAAUUCGAGGUUUCUUUAGUAUUCUUUCAUCGCAAAAAUUGCACGAGGUUAACACCGAAUUUAAAAACAAUGAGUUUCGACACAUCGUUUACGUAUAUUUUGAAGGGCAAAUUAACAAAAAUUCGAGGGCCGAAUAUUUAGAUUCUUGUAGACUCGGGACGCGCAAGCAACUUGCAAGCCAGGGCUACCAAUUGAUGAUUACCCUUAUUACGUUUUCAUAGCGCUUUGCAUUCUGGUGUAGUGGUAUCACUAAUAUUCAAGAUGGCUUAUUUUUUUCCUGCCCGUGCAAGAACUUUUAAAAAAAGGUAUAGGGUCAAGUGCGCGAUAGCUAACAGCAAAAUAUUCGCGAAAACAUUCAAUAUUUUCAUUCGAGGCCGCUAUCUUUAUCAAUGAUACCACUAUAACCACAAUGCAAAGCGCUACGAAAACGUAAUAAGAGGAAUCAUCAAUUGGGAGAAUGGGAGGGAAGCGGAAGUAGAGAGCCUGGCUUGCGAGGUUGGCCGUGCAAACAGGUUUGCGUAAAGAAUUGGGUCCUAGUUAAGCUACGGAUACACGGGCAAUACUUUUCUGGCGAUGGCAAUGCAAUGGUGGUAAAAUCGUUGCAUUGCCGUCGCGAGAAAGAAAUUGCUUGUGUAUCAUGCUCUGCGACGGCAAUGCAAAGCUGCGCACAAUCGUCGCCGAAAUUUCAAAUCAUUUGAUUUUCGGCAAUGAUUGCCGAAAAUUGGGAGGUGUGGUCAAGGAAGGUCAAGGUUGAUGAAUGACACGUUUCUUGACCAGCCAAUGAAAAGCGUUAUGAAGACAUAUAUUGCAGGUGAAAUAUUGCAGGUGUAGCCACCUUGUGCGACGGCAACAAUAUUGCUCGUGUAUCCGAAGCUUUAUUUCCGCGCAUGUGCACAACAAAAGUUACCGCAAAGUAUGAAAAUAUGAAAUUGUUACAUUUAGCGCAUUUUGAUGCUUUAUAAAUUAUAAAUUAUCAAUAUUCAAGAAUACUGACCGCACUACAUUCGAGGCAUGUUUCAUACUUACUGAUUAUAUUACAGUAAUAAUUUAUAAAUUAUAAAUGAAUUGUUCGCUAUAAGCUUUAUAGUUGUUUACACCGUACAUGUAUUUAUUUGUAUAUUUUUAUACAGUUUAUAUAUUGACAAUUAAUGUUGUAAAUAAUUGUAGUUUUGAUGCAGGACUAGCUCGAGCUCAUGGAUAAAUACAAUUAUUAAUAUUUUAUUAUUAUUUAUAUUAUUUAUGUUAAAUAGAUGGGGGCCAAAUGUCCGUGAAGUUUGGAGCUAGUUUGUAGCGCGAUUCAAGGCCAUUGAACGGCUGCAUCUACGACCCAGUCGACCCUUCUAUAAUAUACGAAAUAAACAAAUAAGUAAGAUGGAUAUCUUUAAUCAGUGGCGAAGCUGGCCACGGCAAUUGAUCAUGCUAUGCUAAUAAACCUGCAUAAUACAUUUCUAAAAGUUUGAAUAAUGCAAAUCAUUAAAAAUUUGCAUAGCAUAUUAGCAUGACCUGUUGCAUAAAAAGAGCAGUAAGAAUUUUUUUAGUAUUUAGCACUAUUUUAAAGCGUUUUAUAUAUAGUUGCAAUGUCUGAUAAAUGUCUUAUUUUGAUAAAUUGUCACAAUAUCGAUAAAUAGGGCAUGUAAUAAAGGGAAACUAAACCGAAACAAGGGAAAAGCCGGAAGCUUACAGACUCGGUCAAAAACUCAAAAUACAAUAACCUUUCCGCUUCUGUAAUCUGUUGUAAUUUUCUGUAAAUUGUUCUGUUUUUCUGUACCGGUUACAGUACCAAAUUAGGAGCAAAUAUGGCGGAAAAAUUUGGUUGUCUUUGUUUCAUAUGAUAUAAAUUUGUAGCAAUUAAAGGCUAGGAUAUGAGUAUAUAAAUUAUUAAUAAAGGACAAUGGUAACGAAAAUUUUUAUUGGCUAACCAAACUAUGAAAAUAUUAUCAUUUCCUUCUCGAACAUUUUAGUCUACGAAUAAAAUGCAUGCAAACUUGUUUCGCCGCCAUCUUGAAAAAAAUUUUUGAAAAAUUAUCUCGAAGAUCAAUGAACUUUGUGAUGUCAUUGGCUGGGUAGCACAAAAACUACAAGAGAGAAUUCUAUUGCGUGCGUGUUAUGUUAGGUAAAAUAUGUCGUUUUGAGCGUUAUACUGGCCAACACUCUUCGCAAUCAAACAAGAAAAGUCUACACUAUCAGAUAAAAACAUAUCGAGCGACUGGGAAAGCCAGGAAUGGCCCAAUUUACAAUACAGGUAAUUGAUCAUAAAAUAUUGCAUUAGUAUUUGUCUUGUUACACUCGAAUUUCUGCGCUUAUUUAACACGGAGUAGGAUAUAUACUAUGCGAAAUAGUGUUACAAACAAGUUACAUACUUGGUAAAACUUUUCUACCUUUUGUUUUGGCUCAAAAUGCACUACUUUAUAGUCAUGAGAUUUCGUCUACCCAGCCAAUGACGUUAGAUAAAAUAUUUUGUGGCAUGAAUUAGCAUAGUAUACGCGCUUAUUUUCAAAAUGGCGGACAACUGUUCAACUUUUCUCAAAUUCAAUAAAAUUUUCUCAACAACUAAACACGACAAACCGGCCAAAAUAUGAAAUUAAAUAUUCCGUGAGUAUACCUAAUAGAUAUAAGUAAUAAAAAUGUUGGUUGCCAAUGUUUUUUAAGGUCAAGGUUUGUGUUGCUAUAUCCUAUAGAUUCCAACUACCAGUGUCACAAACAUACCAAUACUGUAUAUACCAUAGCUGAAAAAUUAUAUCGGCAUUUUGGCGAGUAACAUUAGAAAAGAACCAUAUAUACAUAAUUAUAAUGAUAAUUAUGUAUUGCUUAAAAUUGUCACAAGCAUAUUCAAUAGUUCAAACCCUAGCCUUACAAAAGAAAUCCAGUUGGAAUUUUAAUCAUUGGAAAUGCUGCCAUUCUAAUUAGAAUUUUAAUUGGAUCUUUUCAUACAGGAAUUAGUGUUUUAAUUAUCUAAAGAGUUGUGUGCCAAGUGCCAAAUGUAUUGUUUACACCAGUUUAUUUAAUGGAUUAAAUGGAAGGCUUUAAUUCUGUCAUGUCUUCCUGCAUGAGCCAUGCACUGAUUAUUGUUAGGUAUUUCCGGUGCAAGUUUUCUCCAAUGACCUUUUCUUUUCUGGAAUAACCCAUUAUGUCCAUUAUGCAGGGCCGUAGCAAAGAGGCUAUUUUAAGAAGGGGUACAGGGUUGGUGGUGGGGGGGGGGUGUAGUAUCGCAUUUGCAGACAACAUUUCAGUCACAGUAAUAGACCUGGCUUAUGCAUAAUGACAUCACAAGGCUUGAUGCCACCGAGGAAUGCUGGUCUUAGUAGUCAUCACCUGGGAAAAUUUCAAUAGUGGCCAUUUUGAAUUGUUUAAUUUUCCCGAGCGAUGACCACUAAGAAAGACCAGCAUUCCUCGUGGGCAUCAUAGCAUUGUGCAUAAUGAUGCAUAAGGUCUAUUAAUAUUUCCCCCCAAAAUUGUUGGCGAGCAAGUUGGCAGGUGGGAGGCAGAAAUUUUUUCAGACACCCAUUAAUUAUGUAUCGUAAUUUGUUAACUUUUUCCGUAAUUUUCGUUAAUUUUGCGAAAUUUUUGCUAUAACUAUUACUUUUUAUGUACUCUGAGGCACUCAAAUAUUUUUGCUGACUACAAAAACAUUUUGCUGAUGAAUCCGAAAACAAUUUGCCGAGUCAAGCAGACAUUUACCAAGUCCAUGAUGAAUGGGGGUGUUACACCCUCAAAAGCACCCCCCCCCCCACUAGCUACACCCCUUACCUAAUGCAAUUAUAAACUACAAUUUAAAUUUACUAAUCAUUAACCCAUUGAGCCGCAAUGUGCCCCAGUGUGCCCUACGUAUUUUUUUACUUGUCUAUAAAUGUCAGAGUGUCAGACGAUUUUACUCGUCAAUGGUGAAGCUCUGCAGCUUAAGGGGUUAAAAUAAAUAAUACAAUUUGAGAAACUUGUUUCCCAUAAUUAUAUCUUUUGUACCAUAAUUAACAGGGCAGCGCCACUGUGGUCAUCGACUACCAACUUUAGUGGAACAUAUUCAAAAUAUUUUGCAAAAGUAUCCUGAUGGAGGGCAAAUUCUGAAGGUAAGUAAUUACAAAUUAUUCUGAACUACUGUAGUUCAGGAACAUUUUGUAUGCUAUUAAAUAUCCACAUAUGAGAAAAUAGAAUGCUGGGUUUUGGUGAGCAUUUAUACACACAAUUGAAGACCUAACCACACUUAAAGGUCCUCUGGCACAGCUCUCUGCAAUUAAUCUGGUGCAGUGCUCGAUCUGCGGUCACCGUGGUAGAUUACCCUCUUCAUAUUUAUAAUACAAUUACUAUAUAUAACUACCAUUUCUAUUCAAUACUUCUUUCCUAAUUUGUCUUUACAUGUGCUCAAUUUUUAAGUAGAAUUUUCAAAGUUUUACUGAUUGUUUUUGGGGGGGGGCUUAGUCUCUCUUAUUCCUACUUUUAAAAAGUUGGGGGGCUCUUAGUCCCACCUUCCCUUUUUGGGAAAAAAUGGGGCCCCAAAUUAAAAAUUUGCCCCGAGCCCCAAAAUUUCUCAAUGAGGCUCUAAAUAUAAAACCUGAAAAUGUUUCUAGUACGUAGCCUAAUAAGGUCUCUGGCACAGCUUAAAUUUGUGCUGUAACUACCUAGUAUAUACAUGUUUUAAAGUUUGUUUGUUCACUGCAACCGGGUAUAUCAAUCAUGUUUCGCUCGCUACUCUGGUUUAAAUAUUUAAUUACAAAGCCCAGUCGAAUUGUAAUCAAGACCCAACGUUUUGACACUCCAGUCUAGUGUCUUCAUCACGGGUGAUAUGACGGUGCCUAUUUGCCAGAGGAAUACACACAUCUCAUUGGCAGGUGACGUCAUCUCUUGGGGGUAUUUAAGAAGCCAUAAUUGUAAGUUUGUAACUUUAGACCACCCCUGAUGAAGACACUAUAUAGACUGGAGUGUCGAAACAUUGGGUCUUGAUUACAAUUUGACUGGGCUUUGUAAUAAUUUAUUUAAACCGUUAAACCAGAGUAGCGAGCGAAACAUGAUGGGGGGCAUGACAGUAUAUACAUGUAUUAUUUUUAUUGUCUGUCUUUUAAUUAACCAUUUAUGCACCAUUUAUGGUGGAGCUGCUGCAACCAAAAGAAGCUAGGCUUAGGUUCCUAAAUGGCUAAAUGAACCUAUAGUAGGCAAACCUUAGGUGAAGCUUGUUCUUAUAAUAUCCUGACUAAACAAUUUAAUCUAAACUUAAAAUAUAUACCUUAUAAUAAUAGAUCAUAAAUAGAUUGCAAGGCAGGCAAAUAAGCAGUGCAUUUUAAUGGGAACAAUUUUAUUUCUACCCGGACACCCUGAGGAACAAGUGGUCUAAACCACAAAAAAUUAAGGAAAAGUUAAUGAAUUAGAACUAGCAGCUGAAAAAGACCCGAACUCUUUUUGGAAAGUACUAAAAACAGUUAAUGAUGAUAUAACUAAUGACAAAACUACUACUCCCAUUUCUGAGGCAAAAUGGCUGUCCCAUUUUACAAAAUUACACUCAAAACAUACUCUCAACAAAGAACAACACGAUAUGAUUGAAACUUUGCAUAUCAAGGAACAAAAUAGAAACCAAUUCAAUAAUCUAGACCAAGUAAUUUCAGAACAAGAAAUUGUUAAUGCAAUUAAAAAACUCAAAAGAAAUAAAUCCGCAUACUCGGAUAGAAUAAAAAAUGAGAUGAUAAAAUGUAGUAUACAUAUCCCAGAUGUGUGGUGUGAAGGUCUAAUUACUCCAAUUUUUAAAUCCAAUGACAAGCUUGAUUAUAAUAACUACAGAGGAAUUUGCAUUUCUAGUUGUCUCGGCAAAUUUUUCUGUGUAAUACUGAAUAAAGGGUUACACAAUCAUACACGUGAAAAAAACAUAAUCCAUCCAUCUCAGAUCGGAUUUUUACCUGGAUAUCGAACAGCUGAUCAUAUUCUUACAUUGAAAUCAUUGAUUGAUAAAUACGUUAAUCAAAAAACAAAUGGAAAGAUAUAUGCAUGCUUUGUCGAUUUCAAAAAGGCAUUUGACUCUGUUUGGCACAAUGGCUUACUAUUAAAAUUACUUAGAAAUGGGGUUAGUGGCAAUGUCUAUAGCCUAAUUAAAAACCUUUAUUCAAAAUCAAGAUGCGCAGUAAGGCAAUCAAAACAUAGUACCUCUUUUUUCCCAUAUUGUAAGGGGGUACGUCAAGGAUGUAUUAUAAGUCCUAUAUUAUUUAACAUAUACCUAAACGACAUACCAUCAUUGCUUGAUAACAAAGAUUCUGACCCACUCACACUCCCAAAUUGUACAAACUGAAUUGUCUGUUCCCGACGAUCUGAUAAUAUUAUCUAGAUCGAAAAUUGGCCUCCAAAGCUGUUUAAACCAGUUAAACAACUGGUGCAAUAAGUGGAUGAUGGAGGUUAAUUUAAAAAAAACUAAAGUUAUGAUUUUCCAGAAACCAAUGUCAAAACAACAAACUCCACAAUUUCUAUUUGCAAACAAAAUACUUCAAGUAACACAAGAUUACAACUAUUUAGGUCUUAAACUUACAACCAAUGGGAAAUUUACCAUAGCAAUGAAACAACUUGCUGAUAAAGCAAAACAUGCUAUGUUCAGCACAAAGAAAAAAGUUGAUUUUCACUCACUGAAUCCAAAUUAACUAGCAAUCAAAAUUUUUUACAGUAUUACUGUAUCUCGCCAAUACUUCUAUAUAAUUCAGAAGUAUGGGGUGCAUUCAUCAAUAGCGAUCUUAAUAAAUGGGAUCAAUCCGAAACAGAAAAAGUUCAUUCCACAGGGUUCGUACGGGUCCUGGAAACCAGGAAAGUCAAGGAAUUUCAAUAUUCCAAAAUCCAGGCCUGGAAAUCCUGGGAAAUCAAUUUUAGUCAUGGAAAGUCAUGGAAAGUUGAAAUUUUACAUAGCAUUAACAAAGUAUUUUACUUAUUUCAAUUUACCAGUCAUAACAAUAAUAUGAAUUGUUGUUAUAUACUGUAACGGAUUUUUCCAAGAGCAAAGUGAAUUUUUUUUCUUUUAUUAUAUCUGUUAUCGUUAAAGUAUUAACGAAUUUCAGAAAUUCCAGACUUCCAGGUCAUGGAUUUUGAAAAAAAUGGUCAUGGGAAGUCAUGGAAAAGUCAUGGGAUUUUAAAUGUGAGAAGGUGUACGAACCCUGAUUCCAGAUUCUGCAAACUAUACUUAGGAGUUAAUAGAAAAGCAACAAAUGUAGCGUGUAGAGGUGAAUUAGGAAAAUUUCCUCUAUUAAUAACCAUACACAAAAGAAUAAUCAAAUACCUUGCACACAUUAAUACCCUUCCUGACUUCACUAUUGUGAAACAAGCAUUCCUAAUCUCCAAAGAACUUUAUGAACUGAAUAAACCCGGUUUUUACUCCAAUGUCAUGAAGAUACUUAAAUCAUACUAGUACGUAAAUGAUGAACUAAAUGAAUCAGAAUCUAUUACUAUUCAUCAACAAAGUCAAUUUAUAAGCAAUGCUAAAAAUAAAUAUGUCACCUUUUGGAAACAUAAGUUAGACAAUUCCUCCAAACUCUCUUUCUACAGCACAUUUAAAUCUGAAUAUAAGUUAGAGAACUACCUUACAACUAUAAGAAACACAUCUCAAAGAAAAGCAGUAACUAAAUUUCGAAUAAGUUGUCAUAAGUUACAGAUUCAAUACGGUCGAUAUCACAACAUCCCCCGUGAACAACGCUUGUGUAAUCUCUGUGAUACAAACGAAAUUGAAGAUGAAUAUCACUUUGCACUAUCUUGUAACUACUACAGAGAAGACAGAAACACCACAAACAAUAUAUUACAAAGUUAGAAUGUUUGCUGAGUUGUUGACAAUCACAGCACGGGCGGAUUUACUUGGGGUUAGGGGGUGGGGUUAAACCCCCUUAGAAUCUUCGUAACCCCUCUAAUAAAGUGUUCAGCCCUACCAAAAUUUUGCGUCACCCCUCCUAUUUUGUGUGAAAGGCUUUAACCCUAACGUCUAACCCCUGCCGAAGCUCACUGAGAGGUGCCGCUUGCACCCCACCAGAAAUUUUUCUACCCCUCCUUUUAAAUAAAUGAAAAGCUGCCCUUGAAUCAUGCAAUACUUAUUAAAACAGGAUGUAGUUUUAAGAGCAUGUACUCUGACUGCAUGUAUGCAUUUAUAUAUAGGUGCACAUACAGUGACCCACAAUUAAAUACCCUGGGUUCUACAAUUAAAUUAGUACUACAAUUACAAAGCAUGCAUGUAUGAAAACAGGAUGUGGAAAAGCAUGCAUUUAUACGGAUUUAUUUAUAAGGUUGGGUUACUCUUGUUCACUGGUACUUGACCGCCAUAUUUUAAUAGGAACUGAUCCAGAAUGCAGAUGACGCAGGAGCAACUGAAGUCAGUUUUCUUUUUGAUGAACGAAUUUAUGGAGUCGAAUCUUUGGAAAAUCCCGAGCUUGCUCGCUUUCAAGGCCCAGCUCUUUACUGUCACAACAAUGCCAUAUUCAAAGAGCAAGACUGGGAAGGUAUUCGCAAUCUCAUGAAAAGUAACAAGAAAGAAGAUCCUUUGAAAAUUGGCCGUUUUGGUAUUGGGUUUAAUUCAGUUUAUCAUAUAACAGGUAUUUAAGGCUAAGCGUUCAUUGUACUAUGUAUGGACAGCGUGUCGCUGAGUAAAUUUCCAGUUGAAAUUGCUUCGGCCCCUCCUGGGAUUUUUUCGGCCUCCCUUGACUGGAAAUCCUGGCUACGUCAUUGAUUAUACGGAGCUACUGUAAAAACAACACCGGGGACCGGGGUCCACUAAAACUACAGAAAGGGAAACACAUUUUCAGUCACCCGUAAUGCCAUUAUGAUCUUUACUGUUCAAGUAGGUACAGAGAGGAGAGGUACAGUUCCAGCCAGGGUCUAAACUUGGGGGGGGGGAAUGUUUAUGGCAUUUGCGGAAUGCGUGCGGCAAAGCCUCGAAGAAUGUAGGGGGCUACGGGGACAACUCUAUUUCACGUAUUUCAGGACGAGGUUUGAAGAAAAAGCAAAAAGUAACUUUUAAAAUGUAAAACAUUGUAUUAUACACACAAAUACAACAACAAAAUAGCACGAUGUCUUCGUUUUUGAAGUGGAAAUUAUAUUGUAAUAACAAGAAUGAACUUUGAACUUUGAUUGCUGUGCUAUGCGCGUAAAUUCAAGUUCAAAUAUGCUUUCAACCACCAUGCAGUCCAUAGGCAUUUUUACUGGAGUUAGGAUUCUAGAGAGGGAAGACCACAACUUUUAUUGGGAAUCAUUAUUCACACCUCUUCAGCUUCCCACAAGGGCAGUCCUUUUGCCCAUUGUGAGGAGGGCAGAUCCCCCUCCCCCCCCCCUCCCCCCCCUCCUUGGAUAUGCCAUUAUGGUUUGAGUGGUUUCAACCAGGGCGUUUACAGUAUAUAUAGAGGGCGGUGGGCGGUGCAACGCCAGUCAUUUGAUUGAUCGACUUGUGAUGUAGUAGGGACUGGGGCGAGCGUGUUUUCGCGCGAAAAUCCAACAAAAACAGAUUUUUAUUUUUUUGUCAUUUGACAGUUUUUUUGCGAUUUUUCCUUAUUUCUUUACUUGUUGAAGAAACUUAUUCAGGUUUACAAAUGAAAUGUUACUUUUUCUUUGGAUAUAUUGCAUUUGUUUUUGUGGAAACAAUUGUGACAGACAUGAUUUAAUGUGGAAUUUAAUACUUGCCUUUGGCUUCGCUCUUUUUCCGACUUCCUUGGGGACCGUUCAUUAUUUAUACCAGGGGUUGGAACCGAAGAGAAGCGAAAAACACUGUAAUUUUUUUAUUUACCCGAUCUCAACAAUGGUCAAAAUAAUGUUUACCCAACCCAUGUGUUACUGUACUUCAUAUUAAUAAUUAAACACACAAGAUUAUGGUGACAGAAAUCAAGUUGCCUAAAUUCUAAAAGCUCACACUGAAACUCACUGAGUGUGCCAAAGCAAUCACGUUUCUGCUGAUCAAUGAUAGAGUCCUUCCUCUAUCACUGAUGGUCUAUUUUGGUACAGAAUGCAUUGUACACAUUUUUCUUCAUAUUUUCCAAUGCAUGGUAAUUUUGGUUUUAUUUUAUUUUAUUUUAUUUUAUAGCUGACAAACAGCCAUAAUUUUUUUUACCCAACCCAUGAGCCAGUCAAAAAUUUGAUUACCCAACCCAUAUCUCUUCGGUACCAACCCCGGGUAUAAAUAAUGAACGGUCCCUUGCCCUUGGCGGCGAAAUAUAUUUUUCAACGACGAAAAUAGCUGCCGCAGUGUGGAUAUGUUGAAGUUUUCCCCUUUAUAAUAUAUCUCAUAUCUUAUAUUUUAUAAAGUUUGGUUCAAAUCGAAGUCUAUUGGUAUCAGAAAUAAGGUCGAAAACGACUGUUUUUGAUGCGAAUCGUUUUCAAGUUUAUUUUACAUAUAAUAAACGUUUAAUAAGCACACAAUGUCAAUGAACUACAGAUGGCUGAUAGGUUGAAUUUUCGAUAAAAUUUUAGCCAAUCUAGACUGUUAAACUUUCUAUUGACUUGGCUAGAACAUUCGAUGCAAAGUUUUCUGCUUUUUGUUCUUCAAAACUUGUGUUUAAUUUGCAAACUAACAGUAUAUUAUGAUAAUAAUAAUAAUAAUAAACAAAGUAGACUCGAUGCACGCCCGAACACCACACUCGAAGGUGAAAAUUUUCACCACGCAUUUUUGGGCUGCCUAUGUACUUAUCAACUAUUCCUUCCCAAAAAUUACGAAGCAAAAACUGGGGCAAGCAAAGGCUUUGAGUAUCAGGCCAUUGAGCGCGCUCGUUGCACCGCCCUAUAUUUAAGUGCCCUCGUUUCAACCGCCAUUUCCAAUUUCCAAGGCUAGUUCAGUGCUUGUUUGUGUAAGUUUCUGUCCUAUUUAUUUGUAGAUCUUCCUGGAAUUGCAAGUGGUGAUACCAUUGCUUUUUUGGAUCCACAUGAAGAGUAUUUCAGAAAUGAAAAAGGUAGGGGAAGUUCUGUAACCUUGUAUUAUUUCGACGAAGAAUUGUUGCAAGAGAAGACCAGAGAUCAAUUCAUGCCAUUCCAUGAUGUAUUUGGUUGUAAUUUAGACGACUCCGAAAAUUAUGAAGGCACGCUUUUUCGCUUUCCAAUGCGCACGACAGCGUCAGAAUUAUCGGAUGAGGGAUACACUAAAGAAAAGGUGUUGAAGUUGUUUGAUUCGUUACAAAAAGAAGCAUCCGUUGUUCUUCUUUUCCUCAAAAACAUCUGCAGCAUUAGUUUACAUAAACGUUCUGAGAAUGGCGAAAUUCAAUGUAUCUUCAAGGUUGAAAUUGCAGAAAAAUCGCGCGAGGAAGUUGUAAAAAUACGACAAGUAUUUUUGAGCAAAGCAGCAGAAACGUCUGAUCAUGAGAUAUCCGAAUCUAGAUAUAUUAUGAAUAUUAAAGUGUCGAAAGAUUCGACUACCCAAGAAUUCCGAUGGUUAGUUGUCAACCAAAUUGGUUCUAAUGUGAAACGCAUUUCAGAAUUAGCCACAAAAGAGAAUCUUCCUCCUUGGAUUGGUAUGGCAUUACCAUUGGACAAUGAAAGAAGCAGUAUGAACGACGGAAGGAUAUUUUGCUUUCUUCCUUUACCUCCUGAUGUCGACUGCGAGACUGGCCUUCCUGUUCAUGUUCACGGCGCCUUUGCCUUGACUGACAACAGGCGUGGUCUUGUUUGGCCUGGAGCAGAUAACCAGAGCUCGACAGCUGAAUGGAACAAGUUGUUACUUUCAAAUGUAGCUGUUGAAGUUUAUUCGAAAGUUCUUCAUGUCCUUUUGCAAAAUUUACCAUCCAUUGGAAUCGAUGAAAGUUCCAGAAGUCAAUUGGUGUACUCGACAUUGCCAUGCAAAGCUAAAGUGAAAGGGCAUUGGCAGGUAAUUUUGGAUCCUCUGCUGCAAAAAUUAUCAAAAGAAGAGUGGAAACUCUUUCUUGCACAGCCCACAUCCGCUAAUUCUUGGAUCAGGUUGCAAGAUGGUAUUGUUGAUCGUCUGCCGGUUGAUAACAACGCGCGUGAAACAGUGUUAAGAGCGUUGCAGGGCUGUUCGCAAACUGUCAUCACUAACAUUCCAGCUCAUGUUCUGAAUAUCGUGGACGACUACUUCCCUUCUUCACGUGAUAUCACCCCUGUCUUAUUGCGGUCAGUUUUAAAAACGCAGCACGACCUCAAAGCUUCGCACGAGGAUAAAAUAAAAAUGCUAGAAUUUAUUUUGGAGGAUGGUCCCACUGAUGAUUUGGAAGGAGUUCCCCUGCUUCCCUUAGCAGAUCAGCACUUUUCCACAUUUAUAUCAAAUACCUAUGGUGACAAUCCCUCUUCGUCUGUGUUUGUAGCCACUGCCAAUUGUCCAAGAUCUGUGCUACCAAAUUUCGAUAAUCGAUUUUUGAGUGAAGAUAUUCCGACGACGGUGAGAGACAAGCUUCAAACACUUGCAAGUAAGGACCCACAAAGCAGAAGUACCACACAGCUGGUUUUGAUGAACAAAGAGAUUACACUGCAAAACCUUCGUUCAUGUUUGCCCGUGGAAUGGUUUGAUAAUAUCAAUGAAGUCGUGCAGUGGAUGCCUGAGAAAGCUGGUCAUCCUUCAGAAUCUUGGUUAGAAGUGAUUUGGUCGUGGAUUAAUGCCAAUUUUCCAGAUUCGCUCGAGUCCUUCAUCGGUCUUCCACUUAUUCAACUACCUACACAACAACUUGGUGUCUUAUCAAAACAGUCCAAGUUUAUUUUUGCUUCUGAUGUCUCGGGGAACUGUCUUCCAGAUGUGGUUGUGAACCUGCUUGAAGCAUCUGGUUGUACUGUUGUACCAAAACAAUCUUCUAACUUGAGACAUUCGGACAUCAACACAUACAUUGCUUCCGCUACUCCAACGGGUGUCAUGACUGUUCUCACCCGGACCUCGUUAGAAAAAGCACAAGCACAUGUCAAGUUAUGUACUUCAGAUGAACGACAUAAGCUACGAGAUUUUCUGUCCCGCCUUCCAACCAAUUUAGAUUGUACUCAACGUAAUCUAUUGCUUCGUAUACCAUUAUUUAAUACACUAGACGGCUCCAGCGUGGCCAUCGAAACAGGAAGCGAAACUGUAUUUGUGGCCGAACCCAACUUUACUUUUCCAGAUGAUUUCAAGUUCCGUAGAUGUAACCAGAUAAUUUCAUCUGCUGAUACAAGCACCCAACAGCUGUUGCAUCUUCUAGAUGUCAAGACUCUUAAUUCGGCAGAAGUUCUUGUUAAAUUCUUGUUUCCAGACAUCCGGGCACUGAAUGUUUAUGGCCUUGACGAGACAGCAAAGGUAAUGCUUUGGAUAAUAGCAAGAGUGUUUGACUUCAAGUCACAGAGUGAUAAAUUCAUUGAAGAAAUGAAGAAUUUACCAUUUGUUCCUACAGAUAAAGGUGAAAUUGUAAAACCAAGUGACCUUUACGAUCCUGGUGACGCUACAAUCUUAAAUUUAUUCCACAGCGAGCCAAACAAAUUUCCGAGACAUGACUACUGCGAACCUCAUGUUGUAUCAAUUUUGAAAGAUCAGAUGGGUUUACGGACCAUAGACAAAAUAACAGGAAAUGACUUGUUUCAAGUCGCUGCAUGUAUUAGCACGUCUUCACAGUUGUCAUCCAGUCACAAACUCCAAGCUUUAGUGAAGAUCCUCAACGAUACCCCAGAAUAUCUUAACCAAAAUCUUAACUCGGGUGUUACACUGAAGUCUGAAUUACUCGGGGUGAAGUGGUUACCUCGUGCCACAACUUCUCAAACGGUUUGCCCACGCUUUCCACAAUCCAUGACAUGGUAUACUUGUGAUGCUCAAUAUUUUACACCUUCAGAACUUUGUAAUAAAUCGCACGCUUUGGUCGUUGGUUCAUCAAUGCCAAUCCUUGGCAUCGACCUCCAUGAAAAAGUUCUUGAAAAAUUGGGUUUGACGGCUGAUCCUCCUGUGAAGCAAGUUGCUGCUCAGCUUAAAAUAGCAAUCCAAAUAUGGUGUGCUUUGAACGAAAGAAAGGUUUGCGCUUUGUUUAAGGAAAUGAUCGUCGCUAUCUACAAUCAAUUCACACGCUGUCCGAAGGAAACUGUUUUCGAACAAUUGAACGACGCUUCCAUGGAACACUGGAUUUGGCAUGGAGCAGGAUUUUGCUCACCUUCUCAAAUAGCUUUUAAGAUGGAUGUUCCGUUAGACUUACGUCCGCAAUUGUAUCUUUUACCCGAAGAACUCAAAGAUGAUACGAAGCUAGAACAAUUCUUUAUUCAAACUGGCGUGCGUGCAAUGUUCUCCGAAGAAGACAUCAUUUCAGUUCUUCCUGCUUUGAAGCAAAAACAUGAAGCACCUAAUGUGCCUACAGGUGAUGCUGAAAAAGAUUUAAAGUUAUGUCGCUCCAUUUUAGAAUGGCUUGUUGGAAAAAGUUUGUCAGAAAGCAUGAAAGAAAACUUGCUAUUUCCCGUAGAAAGUGAAGAAAAUAUUUUGAUUUUGCAUCCCUAUAAGGAGUGUGCUUAUUCUGAUGUCGAUUGGCUGCGCCGUGGCGAGUCAACGCUAGACAUCCCUGACGAGUAUCCAUUAAUCCACGAUUCUGUACCAACAAAGAUAGCUAUUUCACUCGGCGUCCCGAAGUUGAGUUCUUGCUUGUUGUCAGCAGAGACCUUGGAUUUUGACUUGGGUAUUGAAAAAUCUGGUCCUAGUGAGCCAAUUACCACACGAAUUCAUAACAUUCUCGAGGAUUACAAGGAAGGAGUUGGAGUCUUCAGGGAGUUGAUUCAAAAUGCUGACGAUGCUGGAGCCAGUAAAGUUCGUUUUCUUGUGGAUUGGAGAGUUGGUCCAAAUGAUAAACUCCUGGCAGAUGGGAUGUCUGAAUGUCAAGGCCCUGCAUUAUGGGCUUACAACGAUGGAUUGUUUAGUGACAAGGACUUCGAAAACAUCAACAAACUUGCUGGAGCAACAAAGAAGCAAGAUAUUGCAACCAUUGGAAGAUUUGGUCUUGGCUUCAAUGCCGUGUAUCAUCUGACAGACGUACCUAGCUUUGUAAGUAGAGAGUACAUUGUUAUGUUUGAUCCAAACUGUCAUCAUUUACAAAAACACAUCACGGAUGUUUCGCAACCUGGUAUACGUAUCAACCUUGCAAAGUCCCCGAGACCUCUGCAAGUAUUUGAAAACCAGUUCCAACCAUAUCAUGGCAUAUUUGGUUGCAACAUGAAAUACAACGCAGAGGGAUCGUUCGAUUAUCAAGGAACAUUAUUUCGGUUUCCAUUUCGGACAUUGGUGCAAGCUGGGAAGAGUGAGAUAUGUCAGAAAGUGUACGAUGAAGAGAAAGUGAAAGCCAUCGUCGAGUCCCUUAGAGAAAGCGCUUCGUUGCUAUUGGUUUACACUGAACAUGUGACAGAGGUGGAGCUAUUUGAGUUAAAGAGCAACCAGAAGCCGGAACAGAUGCAACCGAUUUUGUCCGUAAAGAAGACUGGUGAUAGUCUUGGUAAUGAUACACCAUUCAUCAAGACUUGUUCAAAAUGGUGGAGUGACAAGAUGCAAGAUGAAGUUUCCUUAAACGAAUGUCCUUCUAAAUCGCAGUAUAUUACAAUCGACAUAGUCGAGUCAACAACAUCUUCUUCUGGUAAGAUUGAACAUUCACACCGCCAAGAACCGUGGCUAACUAACUCGUGCAUGGGGACAGGCUCGUCUUCCGCUCUGGCGCUUACACCCGAAGGUCGAGAAAAGGGUCUGAUGCCGUUUGCUGAAACUGCAGCAAAAUUAAAUUGUGUAAAAACUGCAACAAAAAUUCCCCAAGUUGUUCCAGGCGAGGCAUUUUGUUUCCUACCACUCUCCAUUCAAACUGGACUCCCUUUGCACAUCAACGGUUACUUUGCUAUCACGUCGAAUCGUCGUGCGCUCUGGGAACCCGGUACAACAGAACAUGAUAAACCGUUCGAGGGUGAUUGGAAUGUAAGCUUACUGAGUGAUGCCAUCGCAUGUUCGUAUCUUCAACUUUUGCAAGAAAUCAAGUAUAAACUUCCUGAGGAUGCCACCAAAAGCCUUGAAGCAAUGUUGCCAUGUUACGAUUCUUUACACUCGACAAUCUGGGAACCAUUAGUAAAGAGUGUUUAUGCCAAAAUAGUAAACGAGUCUUUGGCGAUAUUUUGGUGCAAUGGAAAAUGGCUGGAUAUCAACAGUGGCUUUAUUCUUGAUAAUGACCUGCGCGAUGCCCCAGGGGUGAUCUUAACUAUGAAUUCAUUAGAUAGAACUGCCUUGGAUUUGACUGAAAACGUUUGUAAAUCAUUUAAGAAAGCUGGCUAUGAAGAUACCAUAAAAAGUCGUACAUUAACACUAGAGCGAUUUUUCCAAGAGUUAUUUAUUCCAAACAUUUCCAGAAUUACACACGAGUUACGAGAACCGCUGGUCAGCUAUGGUUUGGUCUGCAUACUGAAAGGCCAGGUGGAAUUAGAGAAGUUGUUUAGAGAUAACGAAUCCAUUUUAAAUGAUGGCGGCCAACUGAAGAAACCAGCAGAACUUUUUGAUCCGAAUGAUUCUCAAUUACAGUUGUUGUUUUUUCAAGAGCCCGGAAAAUUUCCUAACCAAGAUUUUGUUGGCAAUAACGAUUCGCUUCUAUCUGUGUUAAAGAAGUUAGGUCUGCGUAACAAAGCUAUGAUAACGUCCGAAGAAUUGUCGAAUGUUGCGAAGACCAUCUCACUGUCCAAGUAUUCAGAUCCGUUGAUUAGAAAGAGCCAAGCGUUGGUAAGCAUUCUUCAAUCUAAACCAGAAUGUCUUUCACAAGUUGUGAACGGAUGUAGUACCCUUAAAGAAGAAUUGCGAGGGAUUAAGUGGCUACCACGCGCACAAUCUCCACCGGAGAGCUGCCGAUACCCCGAGAAAAUGCCUUGGUUUGAUGCCCAAAACGCGUUCUUUUCACCUGUCGAACUUCGCGGUAAAUCCCAGGCUCUUUUGAUUGGAUCGUGUAUGCCUGUUGCAGACAUAAUUCCUGAAAGUUUCCUUGUCGAGUUGGGCGUAGUCGUUGAUCUACCAAUUGAAAAUGUUGUUGAACAACUUUCCAAAGCCGUCCUAUUGUGGUGCACUGAUCCUCAGAUGAAAUCUACGUCGCAGUUUCAAGACUUGAUUUUGACUAUUUACCAACAUCUAGCUGAAACUCCUCAAGAUACACUUUCGAAAGCGCUGAAACAAGCUGAACUUGCAGACUGGGUCUGGCAUGGGACUGGGUUUUGCUCACCUUCUCAAAUAUCCUUCAAGAUGGAUGUUCCGUUAGAUUUACGCCCGCAAUUGUUCAUUUUACCCAAAGAACUCAAAGAGGAUGCGAAGCUGGAACAAUUCUUUCUUCAAAGUGGCGUACAUGCAAGGUUCUCCGAAGAAGACAUAAUUUCAGUUCUUCCUGCUUUGAAGCAAAAACACGAAACAUCUGAUCUGCAUGCAGGUGAUGUCGAAAAAGAUUUAAAUAUAUGUCGCUCCAUUUUAGAACGGCUUGUUGGAAAAAAUUUGUCGGAAAGCAUAAAAAAGAACUUGCUAUUUCCCGUAGAAAGUGAAGACAAUAUUUUGGUUUUGCAACAUUAUAAGGAGUGUGCUUAUUGUGAUGCUGAUUGGCUACGCCGUGGAGAAUCAAAGCUAGAUAUCUCUGACGACUAUCCAUUAAUUCAUGAUUCAGUACCAACAAAGAUAGCUGUCUCACUUGGCGUCCCAAAGUUAAGUUCUUGUUUGUUGUCAGCGGAAACCUUGGAUUUUGACUUGGGUAUUGAAAAAUCUGGUCCUAAUGAGCCAAUUACCACACGAAUUCGUAACAUUCUCGAGGAUUACAAGGAAGGAGUUGGAGUCUUCAGGGAGUUGAUUCAAAAUGGUGACGAUGCUGGAGCCAGUAAAGUUCGUUUCCUGGUGGAUUGGAGAGUCGGUCCGAUGGAUAAACUCCUGGCAGAUGGCAUGUCUGAAUGUCAAGGCCCUGCAUUAUGGGCUUACAACGAUGGGUUGUUCAGUGACAAGGACUUCGAAAACAUCAACAAACUUGCUGGAGCAACAAAAAAGAAAGAUAUUUCAACCAUUGGAAGAUUUGGUCUUGGUUUCAAUGCCGUGUAUCAUCUGACAGACGUACCCAGCUUUGUAAGUAGAGAGUACAUUGUUAUGUUUGAUCCAAACUGUCAUCAUUUACAAAAACACAUCACGGAUGCUUCGCAACCUGGUAUACGUAUCAACCUUGCAAAGUCCCCGAGACCUCUGCAAGUAUUUGAAAACCAGUUCCAACCAUAUCAUGGCAUAUUUGGUUGCAACAUGAAAUACAACGCAGAGGGAUCGUUCGAUUAUCAAGGAACAUUAUUUCGGUUUCCAUUUCGGACAUUGAUGCAAGCUGGGAAGAGUGAGAUAUGUCAGAAAGUGUACGACGAAGAGAAAGUGAAAGCCAUCGUCGAGUCCCUUAGAGAAAGCGCUUCCUUGCUAUUGGUUUACACUGAACAUGUGACUGAGGUGGAGCUAUUUGAGUUAAAGAGCAACCAGAAGCCAGAACAGAUGCAACCGAUUUUGUCCGUGAAGAAGACUGGUGAUAGUCUUGGCAAGGAUACACCAUUCAUCAAGACUUGUUCCAAAUGGUGGAGUGACAAGAUGCAAGGUGAAGUUUCCUUAUGCGAAUGUCCUUCUAAAUCACAGUAUAUUACAAUCGACAUAGUCGAGUCAACAACAUCUUCAUCUGAUGAGAUUGAGCAUUCACACUGCCAAGAACCUUGGCUAACUAACUCGUGCAUGGGGACAGGCUUGUCUUCCGCUCUGGCGCUUACACCCGAAGGUCGAGAAAAAGGUCUGAUGCCGUUUGCUGAAACUGCAGCUAAAUUAAAUUGUUGUGUACAAACUGCAACAAAAAUUCCCCAAGUUGUUCCAGGCGAGGCAUUUUGUUUUCUACCACUCUCCAUUCAAACUGGACUCCCUUUGCACAUCAACGGUUACUUUGCUAUCACGUCGAAUCGUCGUGCGCUCUGGGAACCCGGUACAACAGAACAUGAUAAACCGUUCGAGGGUGAAUGGAAUGCAAGCCUACUGAGUGAUGCCGUCGCAUGUUCAUAUAUUAAACUUUUGCAAGAAAUCAAGUGUAAACUUCUUGAUGAUGCCACGGAAAAGCUUCAAACAAUGUUGCCAUGUUACGAUUCGCUACACUCAACUAUCUGGGAACCUUUAGUAAAGAGUAUAUAUGACAAAAUAGUAAACGAGUCAUUGGCGAUAUUUUGGUGCAAUGAAAAAUGGCUGGAUAUAGACAGUGGCUUUAUUCUUGACGAUGACCUGCGCGGUGCUCCUCAGGUGAUCUUGACUAUGAAUUCAUUAGAUAGAAAUGUCCUGGUUUUGACUGAAGAAGUUUGUAAAUCGUUUAAGAAAGCUGGCCAUGAAGAUACCAUAAAAAGUCGCACAUUAACACUAGAGCGAUUUUUCCAAGAGUUAUUUUUCCCAAACAUUUCCAGAAUUACACACGCGUUACGGGAACCACUGGUCCGCUAUGGGUUGGAUUGCAUACUGAAAGGUCACGAGGAAUUGGAAGUGUUGUUUAGAGAUAACGAAUCUAUUUUGAAUAAUGACGGCCAACUGAAGAAACCAGCAGAACUUUUCGAUCCAAAUGAUUGUCAAUUACAAGAAUUGUUUUUCCAAGAGCCUGGAAAAUUUCCUAACCAAGAUUUUGUUGCUAAUAACGAUUCGCUUCUAACUGUACUAAAGAAGUUAGGUCUGCGUAGCAAAGCUAUGAUAGUGCCCGAAGAAUUGUUGAAUGUUGCAAAGACGAUUUCACUGUCCGAGUAUUCAGAUCCGUUGAUUAGAAAGAGCCAAGCGUUGGUGAGCAUCCUUCAGUAUAAACCAGAAUGUCUUUCACAAGAUGUGAACGGAUGUAGUACACUUAAACAAGAAUUGCGAGGGAUUAAAUGGCUUCCACGCGCACGAUCGCCACCAGAAAGCUGUCGAUAUCCCGAGAAAAUGCCUUGGCUUGAUGUUGAAAACGCAUUCUUUUCACCUGAUGAACUUCGCGAUAAAUCUCAAGCUCUUUUGAUUGGCUCUUGUAUGCCUGUUAUAGACAUAAUUCGAGACGAUUUCCUCGUCGAGUUGGGCAUAGUCUUCGAGCUGCCAAUUGAAAAUGUUGUUGAACAACUUUCCAAAGCCGUCGAGUUAUGGCGCACUGAUCCUCAUGAGAUGAAAUCUACUUCGCAGUUUCAAAGUUUGAUAAUUGCUAUUUACAAACAUCUAGCUGAAAUUCCUCAAGAUAUACUUUCCGGAGCUCUAAAACAAGCUGAACUCGCACGCUGGGUUUGGCAUGAAACGGGCUUUGCAUGUCCCACUCAUGUUGCAAUGGAGAAUUUUCUUAUUGAUCUUCAUCCUCACUUAUUCUAUUUGCCAAAAUAUCUACACCCAAAUGAAGCACUCGAAGAAUUUUUCGUCAGAAACGGAGUACGGAGAGAGUUUUCCAAGAAAGAUAUCAUCUCAGUUUUGUCAUCUGUAAAGAAAAAACACGAGAGUGGUUCACCUAAUGCGACUGAAAAUAUCAAGCAUGACGUCGAAUUGUGCCGCUUUAUUGUCGAAUGGCUCGUUGAUGAUGGCGAAGAGUUGUCCGACGACUUGCAAGAAGAAGUUAUGGUUCCCAUUCAGACAAGCGAGAAAUCUUUAAUCCUGAAGCCGUGUAAGGAUUGUACAUUCUGUGAUCAUGAUUGGAUGCGUCAAGGUCGAUCGGAACUUGAUAUUCCCGAAGAAUUCUUCCUUAUUGACGAGUCAAUAUCUACAAAAACCGCAAGAUCGUUAGGAGUGAAAGCACUGAGCACUUGUCUAAUAUCUGGCGAGGAACUUGAUUUUGAACUAACCGGGCAAAACGAGCCGUUGACGACGAGAUUAAGUAAUAUCCUUUCUGAUUACAAGGAGGGUGUUGGCGUAUUUAAGGAAUUGAUCCAAAAUGCGGAUGAUGCUGGUGCAAAAAAAGUGUGCUUUCUGAUUGACUGGAGAGAAGGACCAAAGAAAAGCCUUUUUUCUCCUUCAAUGUCCGAAUGCCAAGGUCCUGCGCUCUGGGCGUACAACGAUGCUGUUUUUAGCGAUAGCGACUUCAAAAAUAUCAAUAAGCUUGCAGGAGCAACAAAAAAAGAAGAUUUGGAAAAGAUUGGACGCUUCGGACUUGGUUUCAAUGCCGUUUAUCAUCUUACAGACGUACCAAGCUUUCUAAGCAGACAAUAUCUUGUCGUGUUUGAUCCAAAUAUCCAGCAUUUAAUUGGAAAAAUAACCGAGACGCAUCCCGGACUUCGUAUUGACCUUGCGAAGAAUGCCAGACCACUGAAAACAUUUUCCGACCAGUUUCAACCUUAUCAUGAUGUUUUCCAUUGCAACACCCACCAGAAGGAUGGGGAAAGAUUUAACUUCAACGAGACAUUAUUUCGUUUCCCUUUUCGUACCAAGUUACAAGCAAUCAGAAGUGAAAUAAGUCAAGAAGUCUAUGGCGCAGAGAAAGUAAGAGCUCUAGUUAAUAGUCUGAGAGAAGGCCUGACACUUAUUUUGUUAUACACACAGCGUGUGAAUGAAGUUGAAGUGUACGAGCUUGGCAAGGAUGAAGAUCCUCAGACGAUGCGAUUGAUCUUAUCGACUAAGAAAAGUACGGAGUCUGUAAAUCUGGAGCUGAAUGCACAAUUUUCUGAAGAUCGAUCCGAAAGCACGCCUGACGCCCCCAAAUUAUCUUUCAUAAAGGAAUGUUCUCAGUGGUGGAAAGCACACUGCUCAAAGACUGCUGUGUCGUCUAGUCCUUCCCGGUCUGAAAUCAUAUCAAUUGAAGUAACGGAACAAAAUGCAGAACAAAGGAAAGAACAGUGGCUGGUAAGUUCUUGUAUGGGAACUGAUUCAUCUUUGCUACUGGCCAUGAAUGAAGGUCACAAGGAUGGUUUACUUCCUUGUGGUGGAACAGCAGCUAAACUAUCUUCGGAUACCACACCAAUUCCAGAGUCAAUCUUUGGGGAAGCGUUCUGUUUCCUUCCUCUUUCUAUUGCAACCGGACUCCCAGUACACAUCAACAGUUCUUUUGCUAUCAUGAAUAAUCGUCGCAGUAUCUGGGAGCGAAGUAGUUCAACUCGUUAUAAAGGUAGAUGUUCGAUUAUUUUUCAUAUUAGCUGCGCGCAUUGCAUUUUGGGUAUUUGUGCAUUGCAUUUUAAUUGGGUAUUUGUGCAUUGCAUUUUAAUUGAUUAAAAUUGAGAAUUAUGCCAGUUACAUGAAAUAAAUUUCCUGCCUUGCUCGCUCCCUGUGGUAGCAAUAAUUGUUACAUGUCAACUUGUUCUCCACUAUAAUAAAUAACUGGACCCCCCCCCCCUUCUGAACCACUAUUUUUAGGUGACCCCCCUUUUUCGGUCAAAAAUACCUCAUGACCCACCCCCUUUUUUUGCCAGCCCACCCCCAGUCAUAAAUAAUGAAUGGUCCCUUAAAUAGAUGGGGGCAGAAUGUCCGUGAAGUUUGGAGCUAGUUUGGAGCGCGAUUCAAGGCCAUUCAACGGCUGCAUCUACGACCCUUCUAUAAUAUACGACGGAUAACAAGUAAGUAAGAUGGUCUACUUAUAAAAGAGCCGGCCACGCUGGCUAGUAAGAUGGAUGUCUUUAAUCAGUGGCGAAGCUGGCCACGGCAAUUGAUCAUGCUAUGCUAAUGUAAUUGCUAGAUAGUAUACUUCAAAAUAAGGUUUCCGUUUUAUAUCAAUUUUUAAAAUAAGUUAGGGUUAGGGUUAGUGGUUUAGUUUUGCGUUAGGAUAGUUUUUUUCUACGUUAUAAAAACGGAAACCUUAUUUUGAAGUAUACUAUCUAGCAAUUACCCUAUGCUAAUAAACCUGCAUAAUACAUUUCUAAAAGUUUGAAUAAUGCAAAUCAUUAAAAAUAUUAGCAUGACCUGUGCAGUGUUGCUAUACUGCGUUUAUUGUUUAAUUCUUCUUACUUCAUUUCUGAUUUGACGACAGAAAAUUUGAGCGCUAAUUUUAUACUCAAAUGUACACCUAUUAAGGCGAAAGUUUGAUGUGAAGACAAACUUUAUUUCAAAAAUGCUAUUAACUCGUAAGUAAUUUUGGGUAACAGGUUUAUGAUGCUGUAUCAACUUUCAAAAUAUCACAAUGUCUUUAUUUAUAUAUCAUCCUAGGCCUAUUCGAGGGAUAAUUAAAGGAUGUACGUCAUAUCAAUAGCACAAAGUCUGCAUGCCCCUGCUUGAGUUCCUGGAAAACAGCUGGUUGCACAUCGAAGGCGUAUUCAGUUGAACAAAGAGCUAAAAUUGUAUUUGAUUCUUUGAAACAGUUUGUCUUCUAAAAAUCCCUAGAUUUCCAGGUAAGUGUGUAUCAACAAUUGUCACAAUUACUGCGCAGUCGUUGAGGGCACAGGUUAAGGGUUUUAAUUAUGCAGUAUGACUACUGGGAAGUGUUUUGAAACAUGUCAAAAUUCAUACGCCGGUAGUCUGAUGAUACAAAUCGAAAGUAUCAAAAUACCGCACGAAUCCACGAUAUUAGACGUAUAUUGUGUAUUGCCUUACAUGUAAAAUAAAUUGAUUUUUUGAAUUCAAUAGGUGAGGGAAAGAUACUGAGUGAAGAUACGGCGCGUCGGUCUUUCCUUUCCAUGCGGCAUGUGUGGCCGCCGGUAGGAACAUCGCCCGAUGGCCGAAAAUAG